ACGUUUAAAGAGUGGUGUAAGAUUUUUGUGAGAGAGUCCAGUGGUGUCGGAACAGAAGCAGACAUACACAGUGGUUGUUUACAUCAAUUUUUCAGUUUAUUGAUUUUUUUUAAUUUCGGAUUUACCGGAAUCGGAGGUUGCACCAUUACAGAACCAGAUUUUUGGGUGUGGUCCGAUAGAUUCCCAUCAUGUCGUACAGGAAAAGGGAUCCCUUUGACGACCCUACGUACAUGGACCGGGGUAUCCCUCCCGCGCUUGCGUACGACAAUUACACCAUGUACGACAACUCCGUCAUCAGCGGACAGAGCCUGUGGGGGAAGUUCCAUCACAGUUCGUCGUACAGGCUUAAAGGAAGCGAUUCCGGAAGUAGCCGGUCAUCUGGUCCCUCCCGGGGGUGCCGCCGGUGUAUCAUCGUCACCGCUGUUCUCCUCUGCCUGGGGGCGCUUGGGGCGGUCGUCGGCAUCGCAGUCUACUUUUCAGACAAAAGCCCAAUGAUGAAAACAACAGCUAUGCCACCAACAACAGCCCCACCUGGCGUGCCUACCACUUUCUCGGGUAGUGUUAAGCUUCAGCAAAGUUUUACACCAGAACUAUCAAACGCAUCUUCCACAGAGUAUAAAAAUCUGGCCAGUUCCAUGGAGCAGGAGCUGGACAGCACCUUUAGAAAAAGUGACAUGUCUGCAAUAUACAACCAUAGCACAGUGACGGGGUUUCUACCCGGAAGUGUCGUGGUGCAGUUCCGGUCUUUCUUUAUACAUAACACUGUGUCGGUGGCAGACAGCAACGGUAAUACACAACCAAAACAGAUUGACAUGGCGGCAAUUACUAAAGUCAUUGUGGACGAGAUCAAAGCAAAGAAGCAAGCUAGUAACACCAACAGCCUGUUGGGUAAAGCGGACGAGACUUCAAUAUUACUGGCAGAGGGUGGAGUUUUACCAACAACAACAGCAGCGACAACAACAACCACAAUAGAGAAAACAACAGUUAAAAUAACAACUACACAAGAACCUUCAACAACACAAGCACCAACAACGACCACAACGCAACAAGCAACACAAGCACCAACAACGGCCACAACGCAACAAGCAACACAGGCAUCAACAACUACUUCAACACAACAAACAACGCAAGCAGAAACCACAACAGCAGUGCAGGAACAAGAAACAAGCACACUAGAACAGACAACUGAAGCACAAACAACAACAACGCCAACGACAACAGUGGAAAAGACAACAGAGAAAGCAACAGAAGAACCAACAACAACAGAACAAGCAGUAAGUGGUACAGAGCCAUCCAUGAAAGCCUCAACCCCCAUGACAACAAUUCCCAUUACAACAAUACCAUUGACAACAACAGCACAAGAAAUGAUGACGUCCACAACAAUCGAGCAUUUAACGACAACAGUGGAAAAGACAACAGAGAAAGCAACAGAAGAACCAACAACAACAGAACAAGCAGUAAGUGGUACAGAGCCAUCCAUGAAAGCCUCAACCCCCAUGACAACAAUUCCCAUUACAACGAUACCAUUGACAACAACAGCACAAGAAAUGAUGACGUCCACAACAACCGAGCAAUUAACAACAACAGUGCAGCUCCCGACGACAACGGAAGAACCAGCUCCCCCGGUUUUUGUUGGUGAAGUUAAACUGAAUCAAACCUGGGAUGAAAGUCUAAACAACACGAAUUCCACGGAGUACCAGACCUUGGCCACCAAUAUUGAGGCAGAGCUGGACGCUACUUUCAAAAACAGCAGUUUGGGAGAAAAUUACAACUACAGCAAAGUCACGGGAUUUAAGCCCGGCAGUAUAGAGGUGGAUUACAUUUCAUACUUCAUCGAGACCACACUCCUAGUAACUGACAAAAGUGGAAAUACCACCAGAUUUCAAAUGAACGCGUCCGUCGUAGUUCAAGUCUUUCGGGAGGAAGUAAAGAAGAAACAGGAAGCUCCCGAUCAAAGUGGACCCCAAACGAGUAUUUUCUCUUCCAUUAUCACAGAGUCCAUCAAAGUCGUUCAGUUACCACCGCCGGAAAAACCUACCACGAUUGCGCCUACUAAACCACCAACCACUGCAAUCCCAACAACCCCAAUGCCAGAAUUACACCCUUGUGAAAACUACACUUUAAUAGAAGCAAUAGGAAUUCAGUGUGCUACACCAGUGUUGGCCAAACUGAUGUCUCCAAAGGACCAAAUGGAGUUCUGCCAGGCCACACAUGACUUGAUAAAGUGUGUAAAUGAAAAUGUUUACAAAGAGACAAACGCAAAAUGUUCUCCAAAACAAAUAGACACGAUUCUUGAGGAUUUUGGACCAGUUUUGAAAGACAGCCUAUCGCUACCUUUUGACCCAUAUCAAUGUUUACAAAUGACAACAAAAGCACCACAACUGACAACGAUUACCCCAUCACCUGCAUAUCACUGCGACAAUAUCACGUAUAUGGGAUAUUUGGGAGAACAAUGCAUCCCUGCCUUGGAAACCAGAUUUAAGAAUGCUCGAGAUCUUAAAGAGUUCUGCACAGUAACAAGGGAUAUGGUUGAAUGCGUGAGCAGAAUUGCACAAACCGAAAAAGGGUCUGGAUGUUCGGAUGCCCAGGUGGAGCGACUUCUUCAACACUUUGGUCCAGUUUUGCAGAGGGACAUGGCUUUACCAUAUAACCCAGCAGACUGUUUGAGAGUAGGGAACGAAACAAAAGGCGAGGAUGUUAAGUUCAGUUUGAAAUUCCUGGAUUUGGAGUGGAAUGAUGCUUUACUGAAUGAAAAUUCUGAUUAUUAUUUAAUGAUGGAAAGGAAAGUUAUGGGAAAUAUGACUGUUCGAUUUAUAAACUUAAGCGAUAUUCGUAAUUUGAAAAUAAUAGGAUUCAGAAACGGUAGUUUGAUAGUAGACUUCUGGCUCAGUGUUGCACGGCCUGCUGAUGUCGUCACCUGGAGAAAUGAAAUAAAGGAUGUGCUAGAGAAAAAUGGUAGCAUUCAUUCACUCACUGCAGACCCAAGCUAUUUCGUUUAUGAUUCAGAUCUAUACAACAUUUGUAGCAAUGUUACAUACGUCAAAGAAACGAUCACAACAAAGUGUAAUGCUGCCUUUUAUGCCUUUAUAAAUGGCGUUUUUGAUGAUAACUGCAGAACGUACCGAGAUCUUAUUCUGUGCACAACUGUCAACAUUCAAGUAGGAGGCUAUCCAUGUUCUACAGAAGACAUUGAAAUGCUUGUUGAAAAAAAUAUGCGUGAAAUAUUUGGUGAAAUGAAAAUCACAUUUAAUAGGUUGCAAUGUUCUGAUGAAAUUGCAAACAUUCCAAAGAUAGAUCUUAAUAAUCUAUGCAGACAUGAGGAAUUAUACGCCUAUCAACUGAAAUACAACUGUAUUGUUAACACGACAGACUAUGUUAACUAUUCGGAUAACGAAAUAUGCAGUUUGUACAACUAUAAAGUGUUUUGCACACAAUACCACAAUAGAGCCCUGCUACAAUUUGGUAAUUGUGACCCGAGAUACACUGAAGGUAUAAUUGCAAGCAAUCGCAGUAUUCUUUUGCCUGAAUUGGACGCAAGGCUAAACGACUCUGUUUGUAACGGCCAAUCCGUAUGCGAAACAUCAUUGUUUAGUGAUCCAACAAUCAUGGAGCGAUGUUCAUUGGCCGGUUUAGGGGUUGCAAGAAUGUAUCCCAAAGCAACAUGUCUAGCGAUAGAGUCAAUAUACGAAUGUCUUGUUGCCACAUCCAAGCGGGAAAAUCCAACUUGCUCUGAAAAUGACAUCACAGAGAGUGCCAGAUCAUUUUUGAAAUUUUGGGGAGAAUCAUUUUUCCAUGUUUUAAACAUUAAACAACUGACAACAGAAGCGCUAUCUUCAUGCACCCCCACAAAACCGCUUUCGGAUCCUGAUUUUAACUACAAUUCUACCUGCCAGAGACCAAGCGUGAUAUUGCUGUUUGGUUUGACUUGCUUUGAAUACUUCAAACACAUUUCCGUUUCAAAUAAUUGUCCAUUGAUGAAAAUUGGUGUAAUACCCUGUAUACAAUCAUCAAUAAGAGAAUUAUUGAAAGAGUCUUGCACAGAAAAUCAAAUAAUGUUGGCCUUCAAACAGAACAAUGAGACCAUAUCACAGAUAUUAGAUAGAGACCUUCGUCCAUGCCUGGAUGAGCCCAUCAGUCCUGCCAAUGAAACAUGCCUUUCUUUUUCAACUUUUUCGACACCGGAAUAUUCAACAUGUUUUGGAACCUAUGCCAUCUUAGCUAUUUGGAAUCUGACAUCACAUUAUGAAACAUGCAGAUUAUACGAACAUUCCAUCAAAUGUGUUGAAAAAAGUUUACCGAACUGUCGAGCUGGUGAUGUACAACAGUUGAUCAGUUUUUAUUUGGAGUUUGCAAAUCUAACGAAUACUCCUUAUGACAAUAAAUGUGAAGUUUCGCAACAUACAAAGCUUUUUUGUGAAGAUGAAGAGGCUGUUGUCCUCCAAGUUUAUGGAAGAUGUAUUCAAUAUUUGUAUUCUAUCCCAACCUACUGCACUGUUGCUACGCAGUUUAUGGAAUGCGCAUACAAUGCUACCAGAGAGGCAUACUUUAGUUGUCCGAAACCAUCUGUUAAUAAAAUCCUGUUGAAUGCAACUUCCUUUUAUGAGGACAAAUUUCCUGGACAAAGUCAAACAAUUUCUACGUGUUUAUCAAUGCAUUCCAUUUAUGAACCAUGUGAAGACACAGAAUACAUUAAAAAGAUGGGUGAAGAUUGUUUGAAAACAUAUUACAGGAAUCUGACAGCGGCUACAGACCAUCACUCGUUCUGCAGAACAAUACACAACUUUACAAUGUGUACCUUGAACACGCUUAAAAAUGACGCAGGAGCACAGUGUUCAUCUGAUCAGAUUGAACGAGCCUUGAAAGCUUUGGGUCCACAUCUUAAGGAGGAGCUGAAUGUUCCAUAUCAUCCUGAGGCUUGUUUGGAAACGGGAAACAAAACAAUAGCUAAUCACUGCAACAAUCUAACGUACAUGGGAUAUUUGGGAGAACAAUGCAUCCCUGUCUUGACGACCCGAUUUCAGAAUGCAUCAGAUCUUAAUGAGUUUUGCACAGUAACAAGGGAUAUGAUUGAAUGCGUGAACGGAAUUGCACAAACCGAAAAAGGGUCUGGAUGUUCGGAUGCCCAGGUGGAGCGAGUUCUUCAUCACCUUGGUCCAGUUAUGCAGAGGGGCUUGGCUUUACCAUAUAACCCAGCAGACUGUUUGAGAGAAGGGAACGAAACAAAAGGCGAGGGUGUUAAGUUCAGUUUGAAAUUCGUCGAUUUGGAGUGGAAUGAUGCUUUACUGAAUGAAAAUUCUGAUUAUUAUUUAAUGAUGGAAAAGAUAGUUAUGGGAAAUAUGACCGUUCAAUUUAUAAACUUAAGCGAUAUUCGUAAUUUGAAAAUAAUUGGAUUCAGAAACGGUAGUUUGAUAGUAGACUUCUGGCUCAGUGUUGCACGGCCUGCUGAUGUUAUCACCUGGAGAAACGAAAUAAAGGAUGUGCUAGAAAAAAAUGGCAGCAUUCAUUCACUCACUGCAGACUCAAGCUAUUUCGUUUAUGAUAUAGAUCUAUACAACAUUUGUAGCAAUGUUACAUACGUCAAAGAAACGAUCACAACAAAGUGUAAUGCUGCCUUUUAUGCCUUUAUAAAUGGCGUUUUUGAUGAUAACUGCAGAACGUACCGAGAUCUUAUUCUGUGCACAACUGUCAACAUUCAAGUAGGAGGCUAUCCAUGUUCCACAGAAGACAUUGAAAUGCUUGUUGGAAAAAAUAUGCGUGAAAUAUUUGGUGAAAUGAAGUUCACAUUUAAUAGGUUGCAAUGUUCUGAUGAAAUUGCAAACAUUCCAAAGAUAGAUCUUAAUAAUCUAUGCAGACAUGAGGAAUUAUACGCCUAUCAACUGAAAUACAACUGUAUUGUUAACACGACAGACUAUGUUAACUAUUCGGAUAACGACAUAUGCAGUUUGUACAACUAUAAAGUGUUUUGCACACAAUACCACAAUAGAGCCCUGCUACAAUUUGGUAAUUGUGACCCGAGAUACACUGAAGGUAUAAUUGCAAGCAAUCGCAGUAUUCUUUUGCCUGAAUUGGACGCAAGGCUAAACGACUCUGUUUGUAACGGUCAAUCCGUAUGCGAAACAUCAUUGUUUAGUGAUCCAACAAUCAUGGAGCGAUGCUCAUUGGCCGGUUUAGGGAUUGCAAGAAUGUAUCCCAAAGCAACGUGUCUAGCGAUAGAGUCAAUAUACGAAUGUCUUGUUGCCACAUCCAAGCGAAAAAAUCCAACUUGCUCUGAAAAUGACAUCACAGAAAGUUCCAGAUCAUUUCUGAAAUUUUGGGGAGAAUCAUUUUUCCAUGUUUUAAACAUUAAACAAAUGACAACGGAAGCGCUAUCUUCAUGCACCCCCACAAAACCGCUUUCGGAUCCUGAUUUUAACUACAAUUCUACCUGCCAGAGACCAAGCGUGAUGUUGCUCUUUGGUUUGACUUGCCUUGAAUACUUCAAACACAUUUCCGUUUCCAAUAAUUGUCCAUUGAUGAAAAUUGGUGUAAUACCCUGUAUACAAUCAACAAUAAGAGCAUCAUUGAAAGAGUCUUGCACAGAAAAUCAAAUAAUGUUGGCCUUCAAACAGAACAAUGAGACCAUUUCACAGAUAUUCGAUAGAGACCUUCGUCCAUGCCUGGAUGAGCCCAUCAGUCCUGUCAAUGAAACAUGCCUCUCGUUUUCAACACUUUCGACACCAGAAUAUUCAACAUGUUUUGGAACCUAUUCCAUCUUGGUUUUUGGGAAUAUGACAUCGCAUUAUGAGACAUGCAAAUUAUACGAACAUUCCAUCAAAUGUGUUGAAAAAAGUUUACCGAACUGUCGAGCUGGUGAUGUACAACAGUUGAUCAGUUUUUAUUUGGAGUUUGCAAAUCUAACGAAUACCCCUUAUGACAAUAAAUGUAUAGUUUCGCAACACACAAAGCCUUUUUGUGAAGAUGAAGACGCUGUUGUCCUCCAAGUUUAUGGAAGAUGUUUUCAAUACUUUUAUGCUAUCCCUUACUUCUGCACUGUUGCUACGCAGUUUAUGGAAUGCGCAUACAAUGCUACCAGAGAAGUCUACUUCAGUUGUUCAGAACCAUCUGUUAAUAAAAUCCUGUUGAAUGCAACUUCCUUUUAUGAGGACAAAUUUCCUGGCCAAAGUCAAACGAUUUCUACGUGUUUAUCAGGCUUCAAUGUUUCACAAAGAACAACAGUCAAGAGAGCAGCCUUCACCAUUCGACUGGCAUCAGUGCUCUGGACUGAAGAAUUAUCUGAUCACAGAUCAGCUAUGUACAGGAGUUGGAAUCACACCAUCGUGUCAAAUUUUACUACCGUCUUUGGUCAUUAUCCAGGAUUCCUCGGCUUGAGCGUAACUAAUUUCAGGAGUGGAAGUGUUUAUGCUGAUAUGGAGUUUAAAUAUGAUAGUUUCUUGAUUUCCAUUACUGACGCCAUGGACGCUGUUCGAAACGCCACGAAAACGGGCCUGAUUCAUUUGCUUCCAGUGGACGACUACUUCAUGUUCAGAGGGGAACUAAAGGAUGGUAUGUGUCCUGUUCCCGAGAGAAAUUCUAGUGCUAUAUGCUUGGAGGAGUGUCACAUGGACUCUAACUGUACAGGAACUCAGAAAUGUUGCUUCAACGGGUGUGGGCACACGUGCCAAGAAACAGUGUACCCCAAAAAGGAUCCUUGUGAGGAUAUGGAAUACUUGGAAAAGAAAGGAGAAGAAUGUCUGAAAAUAUAUGGCAUGAACUUGACGACAGCCCCAGACUCGCGAUCGUUCUGCAGAGUAAUACACAACUUCACCAUGUGCAUCUUGAAAAGUCUUACAAAGGAAACAGGGGCAAAGUGUUCAUCUGAUCAGAUUGAACGAGCUAUGAAAGCUUUUGGUCCUAAUCUUAAAGCGGAGCUGAAUGUUCCGUAUGACCCUGUGGCUUGCCUCAACACAUCGAAAGAUAGAAUGGUGAAGAGAGCAGCCUUCACCAUUCGACUGGCAUCAGUGCUCUGGACUGAAGAAUUAUCUGAUCACAGAUCAGCGAUGUACAGGAGUUGGAAUCACACCAUCGUGUCAAAUUUUACCAGCGUGUUUGGUCAUUAUCCAGGAUUCCUCGGCUUGAGCGUAACUAAUUUCAGGAGUGGAAGUGUUUAUGCUGAUAUGGAGUUUAAAUAUGAUAGUUUCUUGAUUUCCAUUACUGACGCCAUGGACGCUGUUCGAAACGCCACGAAAACGGGCCUGAUUCAUUUGCUUCCAGUGGACGACUACUUCAUGUUCAGAGGGGAACUAAAGGGUGGAAUGUGUCCUGUUCCCGAGAGAAAUUCUAGUGCUAUAUGCUUGGAGGAGUGUCACAUGGACUCUAACUGUACAGGAACUCAGAAAUGUUGCUUCAACGGGUGUGGGCACACGUGCCAAGAAGCAGUGUACUCCAAAAAGGAUCCUUGUGAGGAUAUGGAAUACUUGGAAAAGAAAGGAGAAGAAUGUCUGAAAAUAUAUGGCAUGAACUUGACGACAGCCCCAGACUCGCGAUCGUUCUGCAGAGUAAUACACAACUUCACCAUGUGCAUCUUGAAAAGUCUUACAAAGGAAACAGGGGCAAAGUGUUCAUCUGAUCAGAUUGAACGAGCUAUGAAAGCUUUGGGUCCAAAUCUUAAAGCGGAGCUGAAUGUUCCGUAUGACCCUGUGGCUUGCCUCAACCCAUCGAAAGAUAAAAUGGUCAAGAGAGCAGCCUUCACCAUUCGACUGGCAUCAGUGCUCUGGACUGAAGAAUUAUCUGAUCACAGAUCAGCGAUGUUCAGGAGUUGGAAUCACACCAUCGUGACAAAUUUUACUACCGUCUUUGGGCACUAUCCAGGAUUCCUUAGCUUGAAUGUAACUAAUUUCAGGAAUGGAAGUGUGUAUGCAGAUAUGGAGUUUAAAUAUGAUAGUCUCUUGAUUUCCAUUACUGACGCCAUCGACGCUGUUCGAAACGCCACAAAAACGGGCCUGGUUCAUUUGCUUCCAGUGGACGACUACUUCAUGUUCAGAGGGGAACUAAAGGAUGGAAUGUGUCCUGUUCCCGAGAGAAAUUCUAGUGCUAUAUGCUUGGAGGAGUGUCAUGUGGACUCUAACUGUACAGGAACUCAGAAAUGUUGCUUCAACGGGUGUGGGCACACGUGCCAAGAAGCAGUGUACUCCAAAAAGGAUCCAUGUGAGGAUAUGGAAUACUUGGAAAAGAAAGGAGAAGAAUGUCUGAAAAUGUAUGGCAUGAACUUGACGACAGCCCCAGACUCGCGAUCGUUCUGCAGAGUAAUACACAACUUCACCAUGUGCAUCUUGAAAAGUCUUACAAAGGAAACAGGGGCAAAGUGUUCAUCUGAUCAGAUUGAACGAGCUAUGAAAGCUUUGGGUCCAAAUCUUAAAGCGGAGCUGAAUGUUCCGUAUGAUCCUGUUGCUUGCCUCAACACAUCGAAAGAUAGAAUGGUGAAGAGAGCAGCCUUCACCAUUCGACUGGCAUCAGUGCUCUGGACUGAAGAAUUAUCUGAUCACAGAUCAGCGAUGUACAGGAGUUGGAAUCACACCAUCGUGUCAAAUUUUACCAGCGUGUUUGGUCAUUAUCCAGGAUUCCUUGGCUUGAGCGUAACUAAUUUCAGGAGUGGAAGUGUUUAUGCUGAUAUGGAGUUUAAAUAUGAUAGUUUCUUGAUUUCCAUUACUGACGCCAUGGACGCUGUUCAAAACGCCACGAAAACGGGCCUGAUUCAUUUGCUUCCAGUGGACGACUACUUCAUGUUCAGAGGGGAACUAAAGGGUGGAAUGUGUCCUGUUCCCGAGAGAAAUUCUAGUGCUAUAUGCUUGGAGGAGUGUCACAUGGACUCUAACUGUACAGGAACUCAGAAAUGUUGCUUCAACGGGUGUGGGCACACGUGCCAAGAAGCAGUGUACUCCAAAAAGGAUCCUUGUGAGGAUAUGGAAUACUUGGAAAAGAAAGGAGAAGAAUGUCUGAAAAUAUAUGGCAUGAACUUGACGACAGCCCCAGACUCGCGAUCGUUCUGCAGAGUAAUACACAACUUCACCAUGUGCAUCUUGAAAAGUCUUACAAAGGAAACAGGGGCAAAGUGUUCAUCUGAUCAGAUUGAACGAGCUAUGAAAGCUUUGGGUCCAAAUCUUAAAGCGGAGCUGAAUGUUCCGUAUGAUCCUGUUGCUUGCCUCAACACAUCGAAAGAUAGAAUGGUGAAGAGAGCAGCCUUCACCAUUCGACUGGCAUCAGUGCUCUGGACUGAAGAAUUAUCUGAUCACAGAUCAGCGAUGUACAGGAGUUGGAAUCACACCAUCGUGUCAAAUUUUACCAGCGUGUUUGGUCAUUAUCCAGGAUUCCUUGGCUUGAGCGUAACUAAUUUCAGGAGUGGAAGUGUUUAUGCUGAUAUGGAGUUUAAAUAUGAUAGUUUCUUGAUUUCCAUUACUGACGCCAUGGACGCUGUUCGAAACGCCACGAAAACGGGCCUGAUUCAUUUGCUUCCAGUGGACGACUACUUCAUGUUCAGAGGGGAACUAAAGGGUGGAAUGUGUCCUGUUCCCGAGAGAAAUUCUAGUGCUAUAUGCUUGGAGGAGUGUCACAUGGACUCUAACUGUACAGGAACUCAGAAAUGUUGCUUCAACGGGUGUGGGCACACGUGCCAAGAAGCAGUGUACUCCAAAAAGGAUCCUUGUGAGGAUAUGGAAUACUUGGAAAAGAAAGGAGAAGAAUGUCUGAAAAUAUAUGGCAUGAACUUGACGACAGCCCCAGACUCGCGAUCGUUCUGCAGAGUAAUACACAACUUCACCAUGUGCAUCUUGAAAAGUCUUACAAAGGAAACAGGGGCAAAGUGUUCAUCUGAUCAGAUUGAACGAGCUAUGAAAGCUUUGGGUCCAAAUCUUAAAGCGGAGCUGAAUGUUCUGUAUGAUCCUGUGGCUUGCCUCAACACAUCGAAAGAUAGAAUGGUCAAGAGAGCAGCCUUCACCAUUCGACUGGCAUCAGUGCUCUGGACUGAAGAAUUAUCUGAUCACAGAUCAGCGAUGUUCAGGAGUUGGAAUCACACCAUCGUGACAAAUUUUACUACCGUCUUUGGGCACUAUCCAGGAUUCCUUGGCUUGAAUGUAACUAAUUUCAGGAAUGGAAGUGUGUAUGCAGAUAUGGAGUUUAAAUAUGAUAGUCUCUUGAUUUCCAUUACUGACGCCAUCGACGCUGUUCGAAACGCCACAAAAACGGGCCUGGUUCAUUUGCUUCCAGUGGACGACUACUUCAUGUUCAGAGGGGAACUAAAGGGUGGAAUGUGUCCUGUUCCCGAUAGAAAUUCUAGUGCUAUAUGCUCAGAGGAAUGUCAGAUGGACUCCGACUGUACAGUUAAUCAGAAAUGUUGCUUCAACGGGUGUGGGCACACGUGCCAAGAAGCAGAUUCAGAAGAAAUGACAACCACGCCAAGACAGUAAAUACUAUUUAUGGACAAAUCCUAGACAUUGUUAAAUUCUUGUACGAUUUGUAUCAAAAACCAAUGCUAAAAACACAAAACAUUCAAAAUUGAAAUAUUCAUUAGGGAAUAUCAUAAUACAGUACACUGUGUAGCGUUUUCAGAUUAAUUUGUUCAUUUUUUAUUAAUUUACUUUUGAUCAGCAGAAAAUAAUAAAAUAAAAAUCAUUUAUGUUUUUUUAUGUGUUAUGAAUAUGAACAGAAAUUAUAACAUUCUGAUCUUAGUAUUUAUUUAUCCUUUGGAAAUAUCCUUUUUUCCCUUAAACUUUACAGAGUAAACUAAUAAAAGUUUCAUCAAUAUAUCAUUUGCUAUGGGGUUCCCCAAGCAUUGAGUUUCAAUUGAUAUAAGUAUAGCUUGUUUCAUGUAUGUAUACAUUUUUAAUUACAUGUUUAUUAUAAUAGUUUGGAGUUUUUUUUGUAUUGUUUUGUUUAGAGUGUUCUGAUAUUUGUAUUUUUGUUGUUGUUUGUUUUUGCGGGCGAAAACAAACUUUUGGAACUUGAAUGUUUGGGCACUUACACGGUGGUUUUACUCUUCAUAUUCAAUGUAAAUAUAAUGUUUAUCAAUAUCCAUAAAUAUAUGUGCUACUUUUAUUGUUCGCCAUUUUAUAACUAUGUAUUUGCCAAUAUACUAUAAAUACACUUGUGAAUGCCAUGUAUUUCAAUAAAACUUAUUUUAUUAAAAAUAUAUUCCACUA